AUGAACUCAAUUUUUCGGAGGUUCCUGCGUAAGUUUGUCUUAGUUUUCUUCGAUGACAUUCUGGUCUACAGUACAACCUUGGAAUUGCAUUUAGUUCUUCUGAAUGAAACCCUCAAGAUCCUCGCUGAACACCAGUUUUACCUCAAGCCCUCUAAAUGUUCUUUUGGGCAACAGCAAGUCGAGUACCUUGGCCACAUUGUUUCGGCCAAGGAAGUGCAGGUGGAUGCCACGAAGAUUCGAGCUAUGCUGGAAUGGCCACAACCAACUUCAGUGAUAGAACUGGGGGGAUUUCUUGGGCUGACAGGGUAUUACCGAAAGUUCGUCAAGGACUACAGGAUCAUUGCUGCACCAUUGACAGCUCUAUUGAGGAAAGGGCAGUUUCAGUGGAACUCCCAGGCUGAACAGGUCUUCCAUCAUCUAAAAGCAAGCCAUGACGUCCACUCCGGUGCUCGCGAUGCCAAAUUUUUUUAG